UGACCGGAAGUACGUCACAAUCGAGCCUCGCUUUCACAUGCCGAGCAUGCGCGCGUUUUACUCGCCAUUUUUAGCUGCAGACGGACCCUUUGACCCCGUUUUGACCGAAAAACAGUGGUUUUAGGACAAAAUAGAGCCUCGCCAUGUCGAAGCUGGAGCAAGUGUUAAUCCUAGAACCUUCCGGGGAGCUAAAAUUCAAAGGACCUUUCACUGAAGUAGUAACAUCAAAUUUGAAGUUGAACAACCCCACAGACAAGCGGGUAUGUUUCAAAGUCAAGACCACAGCUCCCCGGAGAUACUGUGUCCGGCCCAACAGUGGGGUAGUCGAGCCUUCAUCUUCCAUAAAUGUAUCAGUGAUGCUCCAGCCGUUUGACUAUGACCCGCAGGAGAAGAACAAGCACAAGUUCAUGGUCCAGUCCAUGUUUGCGCCCGAGGGGGGCAUCGACAACGAGACCAUGAUCAAUAUGGUAAGUGACAAAAUGUGGAAAGAUGCAGACCAGACCCAGCUGAUGGACUCGAAGCUGAAGUGUGUGUUCGAGCUUCCUCCAGAGGCACUACAGGCUCUGGCUAAGGGGAAGACCAAUGUAUUCAAGUUGGAAACCAGCACCCCGCCGCCUCGCAAAUCUGUGUCCGCGCCGUCAAUCGUUAAAAGAGUGCCCGCCAGACCAAUUAAAUCUGUGUUGUUUCAGAAUGACUUGGACGCUGCUAAGGAAGCAAAAGAGGUGGCGGCAGUACCACCCGUCAAGCCCAACAUCCCCAAGCCUUCCCCAGAGGCCAAGAGGCCAGUACCACAGGAGGCGACGGUGGCAGUGAAAGCGGUAAAUGUGGGCUCGUCCGCGAGCGAUAGUGACAUGAAGAAAGUGUUGGAUGAGUGCCGGCGACUCCAGGCCGAGGUGUCCAAACUUCAGGCCGAGAAUGCACAAAUCAAGGACGACGGAUUGCGCCAGCGCAAGGCCACGCCGUCAGACAACACCCAGACCUUCACGACAGAGUUCGCACCAGUAGAGCAGCGCAGCGCCAUCCCUCCUGUUCUCUAUCUACUCGCUGCUCUUAUUCUCGGCUUUAUUAUUGGCAAGUUCAUCCUGUAGAAACGUCACCGUUGGGUUGUGUAUCAGCAUAUAGAGGAGAAGUGGGAUCAUAGGGAAUAUGAAUAAAUAAUUAAAAAAAAGGUUUAACAACAAAAAAAAGGCAGAAGAAAGGUUUGCAGGUUUGUGACGGCCGGGUUUGUGCAGAACUGUUAGUGCACAACUCGGGCAGGGGAUGACGUGACACGCUCCACCCUAAAAAACAAAACUUCGAAAAAAAGAAAAAAGAAAGUUUACCACUCAUAAAUCGAAAGGUAUAUAUACGAUUCUUUUUACCAAGCAAGGGCAGGUGUAUGUAGAAUCAAACAGAGUCCUAUAAAUGAUAGCAAUCCGCUUCGUUUGUGUAUAAAGUCUUGCUCUGCAGAUUAUCAAACCGCCGCGGCACUCCUUUGCCCUUGCUUGUAAGAAGAAAAUUGUUCCGUUGGGCCUUUUGCCUCUCUUUUCUCUCCCCCCAAAUGAAUCUUUGUUGCUAAUCAACACUGUUUGCUGUCUAGGCUAUAGGCAGUUGCUUUCCUUCGGCUUGGAAGUAUGUAUAUGCGGGAUGUUUUCAGGGUAUGGUGUGUCGAACUUGAUAUUCAUCCAAAAAAACACAACUCCGUCUGUGUUGCCACAAGUGUCGCUAUAAACGUUGAAAUGUUGGCAACUUUCGUUCAAACAAAUGAAAAAAGGGUAAAAAAUUUCUGUGGUUUAAAUAAUUAGUCCAUGUCACGAAGUGUUACCUUGGAUGUUUUUCGUAUGUUGUCACAUCCAAAAACUAACUCAGUCUACCUUGUAUGCAAUAGCAAGUGUGAGGGGUACGCGAGGAACUGAGGGAAGAUGUUCUUGGAGGCAGAUAUCUGGUAGUAAUUAUAAGGAGCAGUGUGGAUUGAUUGGUGUACUGUUUUCUGUACUAGUGGGAGAGAAAUACUGAAAGAGGCUAUAGGAAGGAGGGAAAAAAAAGGGAGUUAAAGCACAUUUCCUGAUUGUUUGGAAGAGGAACAAUCUUUACUAUCGCAUGAACAACCGAUUUCAAGUUGUCUUACUAUCUUCGCAACACUGACUGUUUCUGAAGCUGGAAGAAAGAAAUCACACGUAGAAAGGGAUGUGACUGGUUGCGAGUUCCUGUUACGCCUGUGUAGCAGAAAUGGGUAAACAAUUUACCGUUGAGUUGAAAAAGAAAAAGAAAAAAAACGUGACGAAAAGUGUCCUAAAGCUAGUAAAGUUUUGUUGCUGGAUUCCUUAUUUAAUGAAUGUGUAUAAACUGUCACAUGAUGAGCUAGAGAGUUGCCUCUAUCUCGUCGUUCUUCCCUUUUUAUUAGUCCUUAUUGUAUCGUCCGAACGUUUUAAGGCUUGUCUUGGUGACGACGUAUGUACAACGAACGUAGCUGUAGAUCUGAGGACCUUUUGAUUAACAUGAUUUGACAGUUCGGUUGGUUGUGCUUGCAGCAACCUGUACAGUAUGGCAGUAAAAAAAAAGGCCCCACAUUAUUAAGGCAAUGGGUUUUUUGUCUUGUUCACUUUUAGACUGGUUACUACUACGUGUAUACAGGUCUACAAGUGUCAAUUAAAGUGCUUGUAAAAUAGUG